AUGAGUUCAACACUAGUAGACGUCCAUGCGUUUACCUGUAGGCUGAGCAAUGUUGCCCCCGUCCUCAUGGCCUCGCUUAUCUCCAGGUUGAAGCGCUGGCGGGAGAAGCGCGGAGGACUCUGGUUGUUGGGCGGCAAAACUUCGAUAUAGACCGUGGUAAUGGACGACCUUGAAGGGGAGGACAACGAGAAGAGGACGAGGCUUCAGAGACUGCAAAUGGUCAAUACUUCAAACACAACAUUAAUAGAGAAGGAGAGGAGAAAGGAAAGCGUUCUCACCCUCAUAUUGCCAGUCUGCAGCAGAAGACCAACCAGUUGGGAAUAAAGGAAAGAUGAAGGAAAGAAAAAAAGAAGAAAGGAAAGGAAGAAAUUAGGAAUACAUUCUCAGGCUGAGUCCGAAGGUGCCAAUGUGACAUUCAAAUAUUCAAAAGGGGCUGAUCCAUCCGUCCUUGCCAGAAAAGAUACUGCGUCAACAUUCAGAUGCCCUCCAAUCACUUUUCUUAAGAAAUACUUUUAUGAGUUGUCACACAAGGAAGAGUUCGAAGCUGCAGUUGAAGUUCUUCAUUCUUCCACGUGAGAAGAAAAGGUGAAACAAAUGGCUGAGAGCAAUUAAUCGAGGAACAAUAAAAGAAGACGGCUCCGUGGACUAUUUUCGCCUUUGGGAACCUAAUUCCAAGCACAUUUACGUUUGCAACCGACAUUUUAUUACUGUGGAAGUGCGUGAGCUGUGGAGGAACAGGACACCUCCUCUUGUGUUUCCUCUGCUUUGGCAACCGGAGUCAGGAGUCGACAGGGUGGAGCGAAAGAGAGAGAGGGAGAGAGAGAGGGGGAUGAAAUGCAGUCUUACCGCACAAGAAGAAAAACGCUGCAGAAACUCCCCACCAUCACUCAGACUUUGUAUCCGCACAAUCGCCGCCUCUCCUCCAUCAUCACCCUUGAAGAUUAGGAGGCGGCGAGACCAUUCCAUUACUGUAGGGUUACGCUUUCCAUCUCGGCAGCAGACAUCAGCCAAUGUCCUUGGAAAAGAUGCCGAACGCAUACGUGAUAAAAGCCAUCCAUCUGUUCAGAGAAGAUGUCUACAAAUGGAGAGAGUUUGGCACUGUUGCUUCUCACCCAAGGAGUGGCCGUCUACCAAAGAUGACACCAAAAGUUCAGCGCAGGAUACUCAGAGAAAUGAAGAUGGAGGCGGUCAAAAGAAGAGUCAAAAAAAGCAGAAGAAGCAAGAUAAGUGGAGAGCAGAAAGACCAAGAGAUCUGUUUGAAAAGCUGGAUUCUUUACCCGAAAGCAAGCAGCAGGAGAUUCAAAGGGCCCUCCAUCUUUUCUCUUUCGGACAAAGCAUGCCGACAACGGUGCAGCAGGCCGUCAGACGAAACUACAAGUUCUGGCACACGCAGCCCGUCCCCAAACUCGGUGAAGUGGUCAUCAGCCAUGGCCAAAUCACGGAAUGCGACGAAAGCGCUCGCGAGGAACCUUACUCGCUACCGCCAGGCUUCUCUUGGGACAACCUGAACCUUAGCAGUCCCGCACCGCUGCAAGAAUUGCGUGCCUUCCUCAACGAAAACUACACCGAAGACGACGACAACACGGUCAUGUACGACUUCUCCGAGGAUUAUCUGCGCUGGGUCUUACAGCCCCCGAAUUGGCGGGCCCAGUGGCACUGUGGCGUCAGAGUGGAUUCCAAUAAAAAGCUGGUAGGCUUCAUCGCCGCCGUCCCCGGAGAUGUGUGCGUAUACCACACGGAGAAGCGGAUGGCGCAGAUCAAAUUUCUCUGCGUUCACAAGAAGCUGCGCCUCAAGCGAAUGACCCCGGUUCUGAUCCGUGAGCUGGCCAGACGGGUCCGCCGGCAGGGUGUCGCCCAGGCAGCGUACGCCGCCGCCGUGGUGCUGCCCACGCCUAUCAGCUCCUGCAGAUUAUGGCAUCGACCUUUGAACCUUCGCAAGCUGACUGAGCUCCAGUAUCCGGGCAUCCGAGCAGACAUGCCCUUUCAGCGAGCUCUCAAAUUCUACCGCCUGCCUGAGGACACCAAGACGGCAGGUUUACGUCCGAUGACCAGAAAUGACAUUGAGAAGACACGAGAGCUUCUCCAAGCAAAUCUCAGCAAGUUUCAGCUCAAAGCCAACUGGUCCUCGGAGGAGAUCGAGCACUGCUUCUUGCCCAGGGAGGAUGUGAUCGACACCUAUGUGGUGGAGGUUGAUGGUGCUCUGACAGAUGUUGUGAGCUUCUACGGUAUCUCCUUCAAAGUUCUCAACCAUCAGCUUCACAGCAGCUUGAGAGCGGCUCAUUUCUUUUAUGUGGCGUCGGAUGGCAGUGGUGACCUUGUCCAGCUUGUGGAGGAUGUUCUGGUUCUGGUCAAAUCUAAAGGCUAUGACAUCUUCAUCGCUGCCGACGUGAUGGAUAACAAGCGUUUCCUGGAGAAGCUCAAGUUCAGCUUCAGCGGCAAGCGGCUUUAUUACUACUUGUAUAACUGGAAGUGCCCCAGACUGAGUUCAGACAACGUGGGCCUGCUCCUACCUAACUAAAUUUCCCAAAAUGGAGGCAAGAACGUGUGUGGUUGUCUCAUCCGCCAGUCUGCAAACACGCGGAAUCAAUAAAGCAAAUAAAGAUCAAAUUCCAUUCACAAAUUUAUUUGUCGUGUCAUGCCGUUUAUCUUGUGUUCAGAUAGCAAAAGAUUGUCCAGGCGGCAGAUUAAAUCAGUUGAGUUGACAUUAUGCUGCUUAACACUUUCAAUGCCGUUUUGGAUUGUUGCUGUCAAUGGCGGUGAAUGACUUUACCAUGCUGUCAGAAUGAGGGAAAGUUAAUUUAAUUACAGCCAAGAAAUGAUAUCAUGCGAUUUAAAAAUAAAUGAAUUUGCACUAGCAGUUUAGAUGCACUUCCUCAAAGCUAACAGAUGUGGUCGCUGUGACCUCACAUUUUGCUGUCGACCCCCCCGAAUAGGCAGCCUUAGACGCAUUAACACCGCUUGACCUGUUUUGUAUGUUUUUGUUUGGCUUUGUUUAUUCUGAGAAGCAGACAGAAGAAUGUCAAGGAUGUAUGAUUGAAUAGCUUGGGGACGAACAUGCAUUUUACAAAUUGGAUGAUUUCCCUCUAUUUGAUUAAUUGAUGUAUUUUAAUUGUGUGUAAAUGUAUGAUUUUUUAAAUGUUAAUUUUUGGGGGGCGUACAAUACAAAAUGUAUAAUUUUACAUCAUUCCCCAGAUAGCAGACCGACGUUGGAUGUUGGAUCUUAUAUCGUUGAAUCAACGUCACUUUUUCACCCUCAAUUAAUGUUGUUUCAACGUUGAAAUCCUUAUAAAACCUAAAUGUCAUUUCGAUUAUUAACAUUAUUGGAACAACGCUGAAUCAAUGUUAUGUUUUCGACCAAAACGCCCGCACAUCCAUAAUUCUAUUACUUUUCAAUUAUAUUUCCCGAUCAAUCAUAACUCAACUAUUUGUCAACAUUAGUUCAUCAACUAUAAAACAAUGUUAACCCAACCAUCGCCUGACAUACCAUAGAACAGCGUUGUUUCAACGUCACUUGACGUCGAAAAUUUAAAUGUCAACCAUACUGAUGAUUUUGAUGGAAAAUCAACGUUUAUUCAAUGUCUGUCUGCUAUCUGGGUCAUCAUCAUCCUUUCUUGGUCUGCAUAUUUAAAUUUAUGAGUGCGUAAAGGUCAUAAGCGGAUUUUAAGGGGGGCCCAGGGGGGCCAGGUCCCCCCCGGUGGUCGAAAAGUGUUAUUGCAUGUAAUUGACUUUCCUAUACAGUAUAUGUAAAAGUUGUAAAGCAAUAAAACUGCUACAAAAAUAA